AUGAGCGAAACGUUUUUCAAUCAAAAUGAAAACGAAUUGACGAGUGAAUAUCACAUUCCUGAGAAUGAGGAUGACGCCCCCGCCGCGAAGGACGCACAGGCAUUACAGAAUGUAGCAAGCAAUGGUGAAAAUGAGGGAAAUGGGAACGAUGGUGAGUACCGCGGCGAUGAAAACAGCGACGAAGAGAACUAUGACAUUUUAAGCAUGCUAAAUGAAAUUAAAAAGGAUCUCCUAUCCGAAAAUGAAAAGCUCCAGCAACAGAAUAAUCAAAAUGUGCACGCCGCUGAGGGGGAAGAUGGCGACAAACCGGACCGCAACACUGACCAGCAAUCAUUCACGCAGCCCUCGAACCAAGACAACCACGCAAGAGAAACGAAGAACGCAACUAAUGAAAGUUUCGUACCGUUGGAGGAAAGUCAACACGGCGAAGAAGUAAGGGUUUCCAACAAUAACGACAGUACAGAGGAGAAUGCAAAGAAACUAGUCAAGGAAGAAACCCAAGUGGAAGGGGAACCUUUGGAAAAGGAGUUAAACGCUAGCCAUGCUCAAGUGAACAAUCCAGAUGCUGCUCCAAAUGAGCAGAGUCAAGAAAAUGUAAGCAGUAAGAAGGGCGCAGGAAGACCAUAUAAAAAAACAAAAAAUAUUUCCAGUGAUGCCAAAAGUACCACAAUUUUAAGUAAAGGAACCCCCAAAAAAAGGAAGUUAAAAAAUGGACCCAAUACAGAAUACGCUACGUUGGCAAUGCAUCCGUUGCAUCCCGCAUAUUUGGCCAAUCUGGCAAAAGUUAACAAAACGAACAACACCCUUAUAGAUGAUCAAAUUGAAUACCUAAGGAAUUGUGAAUUCUUAAAACAAAAAUAUCUUAAGGGAAUUGCAAAAAAGAGCCCGAAAAUAAAAAGCGAUAAAAUUAACAUAGACAUUUGUUACUCAAGUAGGAGUGAAAAAUCCAUGGAUGAAAGUGAAAGAGAAGCAGAAGAAGAGGGAGGCAGCUCUAUAGAUUCAAUGGAAGAAUUCUAUGAAAAUAUCUGCCAAUCGGAUAUGCCACUCGAUUUUUAUAAAAAUUCAUUAAGUACCAAACAAGAGUUGAAGGAAGUAAAACCAGAAUAUUUUAUCAACACAGGAAAUAGCGUAACGGACGAAAUUCAAAUUUUGAAUAAAUACAUAAAAGAAAUUACAGAAUGUCAACAAAAAAAUUCCUCUUCCAUUGACGUGGAUAACAAAUUGCUUAAUAUUCUUUCCUUGUCCUUUCUAACAUUUAUUGACCAUGUAAUUUAUGAUUCCCACAUUUAUGCUUUGAAGAGGGAAUUUACAAAAGAGGCAGAGACAGACAAGCGAAAAAAAAAUACGAAUGAUGGGAUUGAUACUCCAAAUGGAAACUGCCAAAAGGAGUGCGUACAUGAAAAUAGGGCAUCAGAAAGAACUGAAGAAAUUAACAUCGUUGGGGGCAACACCUCGAAUGAUGUUAACAUGCAAAACGACCCAGGCAAAGAUAAGACAGGAAUGUGCUCCCCGAAGCACAAGUCGGUUAGCUUGAAAAACUCACAAGAUGAUCAAAGGAAGGAGCUUCCUCGUGACAUUGACCUAUUAGAUAAUUCUUAUCAAGCGGAGAAAAAGGAGACUACUCAUAAUGGUGAUGUGAGUACCGGUGAAUAUGGACGAGAAUGUACCACAGAAGGUGGCGACAAAAUGGGCACCGAAGUUAUUUACACCCCAGACGUAAUCAACUUGUGCCUAACCAAUUUGUAUAACCAGGAAUUGGUAAACAGAAUUAUGAACCAGAAAAUAACCGAAGGGAAUGCCAACGGUGUACGUCCAGACAACUUGAAGGGGAGCACCCCUAAUACUAGCAAAUUAAUUCAUAAUCAUACCAUCGAAGCUACGGCACACUCGGAGAACCAGGAAAAAACACAUUUAAAAGAAAGUGUGAAAGAGAUGGAUUCCAAAAAUGGAGCACUUCCCCUAUGCAACGACUCUCUGCAAAUGAAUAUAAAUCAGAAAUUAAAUAAACGACAAAUUAUAAUUAACAAAAUAAAUGAAAAGAUUAAAAAAAAAAGUGUCAAUAGUUUGCAGAGUUGUGUAAACAGUAAGAAGUAUUCACUCGAUGAUUUGUUCGAGCUUUAA